AUGUCUCAUCUCCUAGAACACCACAACAUUCACACAGGUGAGAAGCCAAACACAUGUACUGAGGGUGUCAAAUGUUUUAUACAAAUAACAAAACGUCUAGCUCAUGAAAGGACCCACAUGGGGGUAAUAUCAUUUAGCUGUACAGAGUGUGGAAAAAGUUUUACACAAAAGAGUGAUCUGAAAAAGCAUGAAAGGAUUCACACAGGAGAAAAGCCAUUCACAUGUACAGAGUGUGGAAAAAGUUUUACACAAAUAAGUAAUCUGAAAAACCAUGAAAGGAUUCACACAGGAGAAAAGCUUUUCACAUGUACAGAGUGUGGAAAACGUUUUACAGAAAAGAGUACUCUGAGAAAACAUGAAAGGAUUCACACAGGAGAAAAGCCUUUCACAUGUGCAGAGUGUGGAAAAAGUUUUACAGAAAAGAGAAAUCUCAAAAAGCAUGAAAGGAGUCACACAGGAGAAAAGCCUUUCACAUGUACAGAGUGUGGAAAAAGUUUUACAGAAAAGAGAAAUCUCAAAAAGCAUGAAAGGAGUCACACAGGAGAAAAGCCUUUCACAUGUACAGAGUGUGGAAAAAGUUUUACAGAAAAGAGUAGUCUGACAAAUCAUGAAAGGAUUCACACAGGAGAAAAGCUUUUCACAUGUACAGAGUGUGGAAAACGUUUUACAGAAAAGAGUAGUCUGAGAAAACAUGAAAGAUUUCACACAGGGGAAAAGCCUUUCACAUGUACAGAGUGUGGAAAAUGUUUUACAGAAAAGAGUGAUCUGAAACGGCAUGAAAGGAUUCACACAGGGGAAAAGCCUUUUACAUGUACAGAGUGUGGAAUAAGUUUUACACAAAUAAGUAGUCUGACAAAUCAUGAAAGGAUUCACACAGGAGAAAAGCUUUUCACAUGUACAGAGUGUGGAAAAAGUUUUACAGAUAAGGGUAAUCUGAGAAAACAUGAAAGAUUUCACACAGGGGAAAAGCCUUUCAUAUGCACAGAGUGUGGAAAAUGUUUUACAGAUAAGGGUAAUCUGAAAAGGCAUGAAAGGAUUCACACAGGGGAAAAGCCUUUUACAUGUACAGAGUGUGGAAUAAGUUUUACACAAAUAAGUAGUCUGACAAAUCAUGAAAGGAUUCACACAGGAGAAAAGCUUUUCACAUGUACAGAGUGUGGAAAAAGUUUUACAGAUAAGGGUAAUCUGAGAAAACAUGAAAGAUUUCACACAGGGGAAAAGCCUUUCAUAUGUACAGAGUGUGGAAAAUGUUUUACAGAAAAGAGUGAUCUGAAAAGGCAUGAAAGGAUUCACACAGGGGAAAAGCCUUUCACAUGUACAGAGUGUGGAAAAAGUUUUACACGGAAGAGUGAUCUGAAAAAUCAUGAAAGAAGUCACACAGGAGAAAAGCCUUUUACAUGUACAGAGUGUGGAAAAAGUUUUACAGAUAAGGGUAAUCUGAGAAAACAUGAAAUGAUUCACACAGGGGAAAAGCUUUUUGCAUGUACAGAGUGUGGAAAAAGUUUUACAGAAAAGAGUUCUCUGAAAAGGCAUGAAAGGAUUCACAUGUACAGAGUGUGGAAAAUGUUUUACAGAAAAGAGAGAUCUGAAAACGCAUGAAAGGAUUCACAAAGGGGAAAAGCCUUUUACAUGUACAGAGUGUGGAAAUAGCUUUACACAAAUGAGU